GUGCUCAUGAACAUAGCCUUUAAAUCCUACUGUUCACAUCAUCUAAGACAAACCUUCAAACAAUUUUCAAGACAUUGUUCUACAUUUUCUUCAGAUCAAAAUCUCAUUUCUCAGUUACAAUCAUGCAAAAAAAUCUCAGAAACCACUCAAUUUCAUGCCCUAAUGAUCAAAACUGGCCAAGACCAAAUUCCUUUCACUCUAAGCAAACUCCUCGCAUGUUCAAUCCAGUUUACAGAUUAUACAUCUUCUAUUUUCAAGUAUGUAAAAAGCCCAAAUCUUUAUAUGUUUAAUACCAUGCUUCGUAGCUAUUCAAUUAGUGAUGAUCCACAAAAGGGUCUUGUGUUUUUCAACUAUAUGAGAGAACAAAAUGUUGUUCUUGAUCAAUUUGCUUUUGUUUCUGUGCUUCGAUCUUGUAUACGUUUAUUGGAGAAAUGGACUGGUCUAGCUGUUCAUUCAGUUGUUUUGAGAUCUGGGUUUGAUUUGUUUCUUGAUUUGAAGAAUACCCUUUUGAAUUUUUAUUGUGUUUGUGGGGGAAUCCGUUGUGCACACCAGCUGUUCGAUGAAUUUUCAAAGAAGGAUUUGGUUUCCUGGAACACUUUGAUGGGUGGUUAUCUUUGUGUAAGUAAUUAUUCUGCUGUUUUGGAUAUGUUUGUAGAGUUGCGUAGGGAUGGUAUUUCUGCUAGUGUCACGACGAUGUUGAUUGUUUUGUCUGCGAUUGGUGAGUUAAGGAUUUCUUUGGUAGGGGAAUCCCUGCAUGGUUAUUGCAUAAAGAUUGGAUUUUGCGAUAGUUUGAAGGUGAUAACUGCCUUGAUAUCUAUGUAUGGGAAGAUAGGCUGCGUUAGUUCAGGCCGUAGUCUAUUUGAUGAAGCUUAUCCGAAAGAUGUUGUCUUGUGGAACUGUUUGAUAGAUGGAUAUGCUAAAAACGGAUUGCUAGAAGAGGCAUUGUUUCUAUUGAGGGAAAUGAAGGUUCAAAGAUUGAAGCCGAAUUCGUCAACCUUGGCAAGCUUGCUUUCCUCUUGUGCUUGCUCCGGAGCUCUUAAUAAGGGUGAAUAUAUUCAGAACUUUGUGGAAGACCAGCAGUUAGUUUUGGAUCCAGUUCAUGGAACGGCAUUGAUCGAUAUGUAUGCCAAGUGUGGGUUGCUUGUGAAGGCAGUUAAUGUUUUUGACAGUAUGGAGACUAAAGACGUGAAGUGUUGGACUGCAAUGAUAAUGGGUUAUGGGGUACAUGGGGAGGCAAAGGAUGCUAUUGCACUCUUCCACAGAAUGGAGGAUGAAGGUUUUAGGCCUAAUGAAGUGACUUUUUUGGCAGUAUUUAGUGCUUGUAGUCAUGGGGGACUGGUGGCAGAGGGCAUCAGCUGUUUUAGGAAAAUGAUCCUAGAAUAUGGCUUGACUCCUAAAAUUGAGCAUUAUGGAUGUUUGACUGAUAUCUUAGGUCGUGCUGGAUUGCUUGAAACAGCACGAGAACUAAUAAAAGGUUUGCCCAUUGAGGGGGAUGCUACUGCAUGGCGUUCCCUACUAGCAGCAUGCAGAGUCCAUGGUAGUGUUGAGUUGGGAAAACAAGUGACGAAAGAACUAGAACAGAGAUUUGGCGAACACCCUGCUGAUGCACUACUUCUGAAUGGUACUUAUGCGAUCGCUGGGAUAUUGCCCGAGGAGAGAGACAUGUUAGAGGUGAAGGCAAAAGAGGUGGGAUCUUCUCUCAGUGGGAAGAAGGAAGCUGGAUGCAGCUCAAUUGAAUUAUGUGAUCAUAGCCAGAUUUUUCUUAGCCAAUGUGAAGUACGCUAGUUCCUAGAGGACACUGCCUUCAGCUGCCACAACAAAAUUUUGAUCUUCAGUAUAAGAAAUGUUUUUCUUUCUUUCAGACAAAGAGUGUGCACUGGCAAGCCGACUAUCAAUUAUUCUUUGUACUUGGUUUCAUUCAUUCAUUCACUCAUCAUAAAGAUAUAAGAUCAAUCUCCAAAAAGCUGCUAUUGCCUACAAACACAACUGCAGGGUAAUAACAGCAAGAGAGCUCACAUACAACUCUCGCAUCAUUGUCAUCAACUGCAAUCUGCCAUCCUUGCUAUUCAUCUGAGGAGGUAAAAUGCUAAAUAACAUCUCAGCAUAAAAUUAUCAAAAAGUGUUUUACGUAUUCAUGAAGUGAAAGUACACUGCUCUAGGUUGACAAGAAUGAGACAAGUAACGUAACCAUGUGGCAUGCCCAAUCCAAGUCCCCUGAAUGUCAGUUUUCUUUGUAGAACCGGUCAGCUUUCCUUAACACCUUCAGUAUAUACUUCGACUACUAGAGAUUACGGGUUCCUUUGGUUAUGCUUUUAACUAAUCUUUUGUAAAUUUCCAGUCCACCACUGCUCUGCUUAUUCCCCCGUGAAAUAUUUCUAGCUGCACAAAGUCAAUAAAGAUUUGAGCAAACAUAUAUGGCACAAUAACUAAAGUUCAAGA